AUGGCGACGCGCGGUGGAAAAUUCCAGAGUGCUGGCGGGACGAAAGCCAUAAAUCUCACAGAAAAAAGCCGACUCCAGGCGAGCGAAGCGCGCCGGCCGGCCGUGGGGUGUGUUAAAAUUGCGGAUCUGCAAAUUUGGAUCUGCAAAAAAAUCCCGUUACCGCAUAGCGUUGUGCUGAUGCGUUUCAGCGGAGACCCAGCGCAGGGCUGGUCUUCUGAUUUCGUUUACGCGAAGUCUUUACGAGUAGCAUCGCCGGGACCAAGAUCUCGGACGCCAAAGGCAACGCAACACUCUGACGAAUGGCUCCACAGGUCGACGCGUAGCCUCGGGAUGCGUUCGUUUUCUGGCUCCCUCACACCCAAGGAUCAGGAAGACCUCCAUCGGCGACUAGCAAUCGCAGGGAGAGAAUUCAACAAAGGAUACAUCACUGAGGACGUGUACCACAAAUAUGUUGACGCACUUCUCCAUGGCAAAGAAAAUAUGCCUCACUCAGCACCACACUCUUGCCAUACGCCAGCGCCGAAACAGGAGGAUGAGUUCGCUCGACCUGCACUUGCCAAGACGCUACCACGACGUGCACCUAUCUAUGAUGAAUCCAAAUACCAGCAGUCAGUACGUGCGCGAUCAGCACGAGAGCGCUCGAGAGCGCUAGCCUGGAUGGAGAAAGUUGUGCGGCGUGACCAUUCGGGUAACGUGAACGGUGGGGCACGCUCGCAAGCUUGUAACGAGGUAUCUGCGGCAAACGAGGUUCUUGUGAAAGGCGCUCCUCGAGGAACACCAAAAGCUGCUAUCAAGGAGCUUAUGCUGAAUUUCGGUACCGUUACCUCCAUCAAGGCCAUCGAGAUCGACGGCAAGGAAAUGUGUUUCACGGCGAGCUUUCCUCAUUUGGAACAUGCAUCGCUUGCUGUUCGCGCAGCCAAGGUAACUCUAAACGUGGCUGUCAUCAUUUCUCCAUUGCCAAGAGGGGGCGACCUAGCAACCUUGCGACGCAUCUGCAGUCGUUGGGGUAAAGUCUCGUCGGUCAGACCUCAUAUUUCUAGUCAGUCAGCCGUGGUUACUUUUGAGACAGAGGCUGGGGCGAAGAAGGCAGUUGGUAAACACACCAUCGAGGCCUCGGCAGAAUUACAUGUGACUGGGAUUCCUGCUGAUGCCAAGGAAGAGCACAUUCGUGGCGCCUUUGGCGGUCUGCGCGGCGGUGUCACCGGGGUCCUGUUUGAACCAGUCCUAAACGAAUCGUUUCAAAGUGCGAUCGUCACGUUCUCCUCCUCACAUCUUGCAGCCCGUGCAGCGGGAACCCGAGAGGUCGCAAUAACAGGACGUGGCGGUGCAGCGAGUGAGGGUGAGGGCCGUGGUAUGUACAACAACACUUCAAGUGACUGCGUGUCCUUCAAUAGUCACCAUCAUUUCUCCGUGAUUCUGGCCCCGGUAACAACAAUAUUUGAAAUUAUACGUAUACCUAAUUUUCACCGUCACGGCAAGGCAAGCACCGUCACGGUCAAAGAACUUCACCACCACCAGCCCCAUGCGGCCCUGCGCGGCGAUCGGGGCCGCCGAUUCGGUAGGAGAGCCCGCGAUGCGGAAUUUGAGGUAAUUAUCUUCUGUCCGAGCUUCGUUUCCGCCCUACUGAAGUAUAUGCGCUUUUGGGCGAUGGGGAAGUGCGGUGGUUUUCAGGGGCUCGGGCUCGACGCAAGCCUUCUGAAGGGCGUUUUGGCCAUGUACAGCCAGCCGACGCCUGUUCAGCGAGAAGUUUUGCCAGUGGCGCUUUCUGGGCGGGACGUGGUUUGCCAGGCGUUUCGAGCUGACGGCAAUGAAGACCCCGUGGCAUGCAUCCUUUCUCCAACGCGUGAGCUGGCGUUACAAACAUACAGAUUUGCUUCAAAAAUGUCCAAGUUUUGCUUGGGCAUGGACGGUAGACAGUUUUCUCAAGCUGCUUUAGUGGGCGGUGAAGCCGUUGAGGCGCAAUUCGAUACACUGUCUCGGAGACCAGCAACCUUGAUCGCGACGCCUGGGCGGCUAGCACAUCUCUUGCAGGAAGCGCCUCUAUCUUUGAUCACUUUGGCCCGGUGCCGAGUUGCUGUCUUCGAUGAGGCAGACCGGCUCUUUGAGAUGGGAUUUGCCCUACAACUGCGCUUACUGCUAGAUGCGAUGCCAGAGAUCACGCGACAGACGCUUCUCUUUAGUGCAACAAUGCCAAGGCUACUAGCACAGUUUGCCCGUGCGGGGCUUCGUGACAAUGUUGCUCUCGUCCGCCUCGAGGCAGAGGCGAGGCUCAGUGAGACCUUACGACUCGCUUUCUUCACGACACGCACAGCGGAGAAACCAGCAGCGCUGUGCGCAGCAAUUCGAAACAUAAUACCAAAUUCGAACGAGCUCACUAUUGUUUUUGUGGCGACACGGCACCAUUGUGAACUGAUUCUUGCAGUUGUGACCGCGGCCUUUCCGAGCCAGCCAGCUGCAGCCAUCUACGGGGCGAUGGAUCAGGAGGCACGGACAACACACAUGCGUGAUUUCAGGCGUGGUGUUACAAGAAUGUUGAUUGUGACUGAUGUGGCAGCUCGAGGGUUGGAUGUGCCGCUCGUCGACAAUGUGAUCAACUAUCAUAUGGCGCCUGCUUCCCGACUUUUUGUACAUCGUUGUGGUCGUGCGGCUCGACAAGGUCGACCUGGUGUUGCGCUCUCGCUUGUUGACCCAGAAGAACUCCCGUAUAUGCUAGACCUACACACUCUCUUGGACCGGGUUCCGGCAGAUGCGUGCGGCCCCCAACCCCAGGAACGCCAAGAUGAUCACACUAUUAAGGUAUCACUCCCGUCGGCGCUGCUCUCUUACACUCGUGCGGAGGGGUGGACGCCUGAUGGAAUCCACUAUGGCAAUAUACGACAGGCGUUACUCGACUUAGAGGCCAGGACUCUGGCAGUUGCGUCUCAAAAUGAUGGCGGGUUGCUCUUGGCGCUGACUCGUGUUGCCGAUAAUGCAAUGCAGCAAUACCGCAAGACAAGGCCUGCCGCCUCGAAGCGUGCUGCCACCCACGCGAAAAUUAUAAGACUCACUGAGCUGCACCCGCUCUUCUUGGGAACCAUUCGCUCGGCUAUCUCUACUGAUGAGACCGCUUCGGCGCACUUCCUGGACAGAGAUAAUUGUGUCCUUAGGGCUCGCCUGAGCUCCUACCGGCCGAAUCAGUCUAUUCUCGAGAUGAAGCUCACCACGGCGAAGGACGAAAGUGCUUGCCAAGAAGCUGCAAAGGUUUUUCGAGAUGCAGUCAUUCGAAAGAAAGCUCUGCAGGAUGGGCGUGCCAAAUCUCAAGCUCUCGCUCUCCAGGCUAAGGAGCAUGGUAGCAACACUGCCAUGAACACAGUACGCCUUGUCGAGGAGCCACUUGACGAUACGAUGGUCAACGAGGGAACCCACGAUGUGCGUCCUAAGCGCCGCAUCUCUAAAGCAGAGCGCAAGGCGCUCAAGUCCGGUGAUAGAUAUGACGCAAAUCAUGAUCAAAGUUCAAAGCUGGAGUCUUUCCGGGCGGACGCUUACAUCGAGUACGGGAAUACACGUGCAGCGGAAAUAGAUGAGCUUCUCGAUGACCAUCGACAAAAGGAUGACUCUGCCUCAGGUGCGGGCACUUCCAUGCUCGAGUCCGCACUUCUUGACAUAGCCCCAGACGACGCUUUGGACAUGAUAAGGAAGCGUAGUAUGUAUCGCUGGGAUUCACGGAAACGGAAAUAUAUUCAAUCGACUGUAGCUGACCUGCUCGACGGUACCAAGCAGCGUGGUAACAAGAAGCUCAAAACGGAGUCGGGUAAAACCGUUUCUGGGGCUGUCGCUGCUGCCUCCUCUGGAGAAAUGUAUCGAAGGUGGUACGACAAGAACCGCAGGGGGGCCACCCAUACCCUAGAUGAUGCUAUGCAGCAGAACUUAGAAAGGAAAUGCGACCACCGCAGUCGUGCCAAGGUCGGAAAGAAAAAGUCAAAACCUGCUGGUUCUAGAAUCAGUAAAGUCAGCAAUACCCCGCGACCAAAUAAUGAGCUCAAGUCCGCUGUCCAGAUUGCGAAGCAGCGAAAGGAGACAGUGGCCCUCAAUCAGAAAAACAUGCCUCGGGCAAAACGCCGUGCAUUCGUCUUCGGGAAAGCUCGCGGCAGUACAAUAUGACUUCAUGGACCAGAUGCAUGAGCUGGACGUGCAAUUUCCUUGGAUAGUCGUCUCAUUCUACUUUGCCAAGCCCUGUGCUAGGGAGCACAAUGGGCUGGACAUAGACAACCCAGCGCAUCUAAGUUCGCGACGUUGCCGUCUUCAUAGCAGCCCGUGGGAAAUUCAGCGCCCUCCAGUUUGGGCAGCGCCUCCCGGGGGCCUGCAGCCCGGCGCCUCUACCCGGCGCCUGAGUAAUGCUUCCUUUUCUAUCUGCCUCUUAUCUACUGCACAUGAACUUCAGAGUCGCCUAGAGCACGAUGAAGGCCAACGGCUGUCCGCCGCGAGAGUAAAAUCCCGCAUGGGGGGUCGGGUUUGU